AUGCCCGCCUUAAUCGGUGUCAACGAGUUUGUGUCGGAAACCAAGGAUGACAUCAACUCUCCCACCACCUCGUCGUUUGUCUCGCGAAUGGCUCACUGCAGACAAAUGGUGUCCACUCUCGAGGAAGAAAUGAUGGCUCGAAUUGGUUGUGUCUGUCGAGUGGUGACAGUUGUGGACACUCGCGGACACUGA